AUGGAAGAUGUGCAAUCAAAUUACCCUGACCUCUUUGAACAUAAUAUAUGGAACGCCAUUACUUAUUCCAUUGAUCCAACACUUGAUCCAAGUUUAAAGCAUUUAGUAGAAAAGAUGUUACCUUUAGCCACACAUUACAUGUCAAUAGAAGCCUUUGUGAGCCAAUAUUCGAGAUUCGAGUAUGGCACAGUCAAUCAUGCAUUAUGUGCUGGUAUUCGAGUGUUUAUCAAAGACCACCUUACUUUUGUAGCUCAACUUGAACACGCAUUUCAAACAUCGCCAGAAUUCACUUUACAACGCUUAUGGUUCUAUGCUCAAGAUAUUCUGCAGAGCAUGAAGAUUGUUCAUGAUUUAGCCAUGUGUAUUCGAUCCAUCAAAGCCAAUCUGCAUGAAUCAGAAGCACAGGAACAAGACGAUAUUGAUGCUGUGAUUGAAGGUCUUCAGGAAGAAAACAGCGAUGAAAUUCAUAUACCAGAAAAGCAAAAAGGUGGUGCAAUUCUCAACAUUUUAUCAGAACGGUUGAUUGGACUCAGUGGUAAUCCCAAAUGCAAACAGAUUUAUACUGCUUUACUUUCGAAAGCGAGUGUGCCUUAUUUUGAUGUUUUGCAUCAAUGGAUCUAUCAUGGAGAAAUCAGAGAUCCUUAUAAUGAAUUUAUGGUGGUGGAGAAACGUAAUGUGAACAAAGAUAAUCUGAAAGAAGACUAUAAUGACACCUAUUGGGAAACAAGAUAUACUAUACGUGAAGGUGUAGUGCCUGUGUUUCUCGAGUCCAUGAAGCAUCAGAUCUUAUUAGCAGGGAAAUUCCUCAAUGUGGUGCGAGAGUGUGGUGUUACGAUUGCGAAUCCUGAAGAAAUGCAAAAUGAGAUUUCAGUGCAGGAUUUAAGGCUUGAUUCCCCUUUGCAGAGAACAGAUCAACAACAGAUCAAUAUACCUACCAGAAGUGAAGUCUGGGCUGCAGUGGAUGGAAGUCGGUUCAUCAAGAAUUUAGAAAUUGCCUAUAAAUAUGCAAAUCAAGCACUACUUAACUUACUACUCAAAGACCAACAGUUGAUAGGGCGGUUACGUUCUCUCAAGCAUUACUUUUUCCUUGACCAGUCUGAUUUCCUUACGUCCUUUUUAGAUUUGGCCAAAGAUGAACUUAAAGAACCUGCUAACGAAAUACCACAAACACGACUCCAGUCCUUGAUGGACCUUGUGUUACGUAACCCAUCUUCUGUAGCAGCCUAUGAUCCAUUUAAAGAAGACGUCAAGGUCUCCAUGAGUCAUCUUCGCCUGAUUGAUCAACUUUUACGUAUCAUUAAUGUCUCUGGUAUGGACGCAGCCUUUACCUCAACCCGUCAAGAUACAGCUGGACUACUUGAACGCAGUCAAAGUCUAGCGAAUAUCAUUGCUAUGCCGCCUAGUAACCGAGAACCUCUUUCGGGUUAUGAAGCGCUUUGUCUUGACUACACUGUUACCUUUCCUCUAUCCCUUGUGAUUUCUCGCAAAGCGUUAACAAAGUACCAACUGUUAUUUCGACAUAUUUUGAACCUCAAACAUGUAGAAGAUUUAUUAUGUGGUGUUUGGAUGGAUCAAAAGAACAGUUUAUGGAAAUCCCGGUCAUCGCAUUGCGAGCAUUGGAAGUUUCGUAUCUAUUCACUUCGAAAUCGUAUGUUGACAUUUAUACAACAGUUUGCGUAUUAUGUGACAAAUGAAGUCUUGGAGCCAAAUUGGGUACGAUUAGAAGCAAAUUUAACUCGAAUCACUACCGUGGAUCAAGUGUUGCAGUAUCAUUCAGACUUUUUAGAUACUUGUUUAAAAGAAUGCAUGUUGACAAAUUCAAAACUGCUCCGUGUAUGUUGA